AUGACCUGCCCCAAUUGGCCACAUCGGCAGACAUCCGAGGUCUCCUCAGCAAAGAAGGUCAGUGCUAUGGAAGUAACUGGCUCGGAUGGUAUUCUACUACGUAUUGCUAAUCCAAGCUCCCCCAAGGGUUACCAUUACCCCAACCCCCAACAGCCAGGCCGAGGCACCUACACCUGUAAUGGGUAUGAUGGGAAGAUUGUUAACUAA